CCACAACAUUUGUGUGUGAUUCUGCAUGUGGCUUGGCUUGCCACAUGGAAGUGAGAGACAAGGCCAAAACAGAUCAGCUGUGGGGAGAGAACUUUGGCUGUUUUGAGAAGCCAUCUCUUGAUAAAGAGCCACAAUCUAAUAUCAACAUUCCUGAUAUAGUACCCUCAGAAUACAAGUCAGUAGAAACACAGCCAAGCAAUGAUCUAGGAGAUGGGAUGGUCCAUCCAAUUACAAAAUCUGAGCGGCAUUUUGUUGUUGGGGAUAGAUUCCACAACUCAACAAAUCCUCACAAGUCACCUUUGUGUGCUUAUCACAACAUCAACCUGUGUAGGCAAGCCUACACAAUCACAACAAGCACACAGGAAUCUGAAAACAACAGAAAAAACGUCCAAAGACUGAGAAGUACCUGUCAACAGAGCUUUGAAGUACAUUACCUAUUCAACUAUCUCAUGGACUUCUACCUAAACGAAAAUAUUGUAAACAAACAAAAGAAGUCCUUGGAAAAUAGCACUGGUGCUUUAUGCGAAAGAAAUACCUUAGGGAGGUUUAUUCUAAAAGCCUAGUCUUGCAUAAAUAACUUCAAAAACAGCUUUUUUUUAGACUUUUAGAUUUUGUAUAGCGUAGUAAACCUUCGCCAAGAAGUGUUUAAUACUUUUUUUCAAUCCUUUGUCCAUUUUCUACAAAUAGAGGCUGUAAUAUUUUAUUGGUAAAAUUUCAUUCUUAUCAUCAUUCAUCUCAUUAAAGACUGAU